AUGUUUGUUCGUUCCAUCCUACUGGGUGGCGCGGCUGCUCUGGGUGCCAGCGCGAUGCUGGUCGUCCCUGAGAUGGAAGCCCAGAUGGACAAUAAGCAAAUGAAAAGUAUCGAAGACGAUUUUGUGAACAUCAUGCAGCCCGCCUACGCCGAUGUUAGCUUUGCUGUGAUGUUGAAGUGCGAUGAAUGUCCCUUCCGCGAAGUCAACAAGGAGGGUGUCGUCAGCUGGACUGAGGACAAGCCAUCUUCUCUGUUUGUCGAGUUCCACGUUGAAGACAACCGCCUGCUGGCCAAUGACCAACAGAUUUUCCCGCCCGUUCCCCCAGGCCCAAUAACUGCCAACCAGCUUGCCCGUGAUGGCGACGAAGAGUCGAGCCCCAUCCCCGUUGGCUACGCCCUCGAAGUCAUGCCACAUCCCCGCCCCGCCGAUGCGCAGGACGCUGACAUGCUUGAUGUCCGAUUCACUAUCCUCGACCUGGAGGCACACCCCGUUCCCGUUGACACCGUUGCGAUUACUCUGAUCCUCACACCGACCGGCGAUCUGUUCCUUGCCGACGGUGACAUUGAGAAGUCCACCCCACGUCACGAGAAAUUAUCCUGGAAGAAGUGCCACGGCAAGCCUAAGUGCCUGCAAGAGCUCCUCUUCUCCCGUAUUCACGGCCUUCUGUCGUCUGCCAAGGACCGUGUCAUGGGUAUCGCCGGUAUGAAGGGCUGCAAGGGCAUGAAGGGUAUGGGUGGCCACCACAAGCACCACGGCGAUUUCGACCCCGAAGGCGAGAAGGGUCCCCACCACAAGCACCAUGACGACUUCGACCCCGAGGGAUUGAUGCCCCCUCCCCCUCCUUUCGAGGACUUUGAGGACUUCGGCGCUUACAAGGCCGAACACUCUUGGCCCGACCACCAUGGUUUCAACGCCGAGGAUGCGGAGGGUCGUCCUCCUCGCCCUCACCAUAUGCAUGGCCCUCCCCACGGUGCCUUUGCUCACACUUUCUCUCGCGUUGUUCGCUUCAUUGUCGUCCCCGCUAUUUUGGGUGUUCUCGCUGGUCUCACUGCCAGCGCUGUUGGUAUGCUUGUAGGCCAGGCUAUCAUCUUCCUCUGGCAGCGUUACCGCGGUACCAAGAAGCAGGAGCACAAGGCUGCUUGGGAGGAGGGCAACUCCUGUGAGAAGCAGGGCCUGAUGACCGAAUCCACUGAGGAGUACCUCCCCGAAUACACCGAAGAGUCUUCUCAGACCCGUGGAUCCAUGGACAAGAACUAA